AUGCGCAUACUACGCACACUACUGUCGAAUCUCAUUCGCUCGCCGAGUAAACGCGAGUACGCGCGCGUUCACGACGUGCAGAUUAAGUGGGAGGGUGUGUUGAGUGGGAAGGAGGAUACAAAGGAUACGGCGAAGAUGGCGCUGAAUGUUUUCAAACAGCCCCUCGCACUACACUCGACUCAACCGCUAACGGGCUUCACGCGAACUGAAUACUGCGAGGUGCCACCGUCGGAUGCGGGUAACCAUGCCAUUGCGGGCAUUGUUUCAAAGGAGUUUCUGGACUUUUCGGCGGCCCGUGGGAAUGAUUUGCGCCAGGUGGGGCUGACGGAUGGCUGCAAGUGGUGUUUGUGUGUGAGUCGGUGGAAGGAAGCGUUUGAUGCGCGGACGGGACCCGAUGAUAAGAAGGUGCCCAAGGUUGUGCUCAAGGCUACAAAUGAGAAGGCUUUGAGGGGAGUGGCCAUGGAGGAUUUGAAGAAGUUUGCGGUGGACGCAGAGUAG